AGGGGAGAACCUGAACUCUCAGGAAAGCUGUGUAUCUGUAACAACAAAGCAAUGAGCUCACUGUCUCAGGAUUGAAUGAACUCGACAUAAAGAGAAGAAACCCUUGUGAGAACAAACUGGAUACCAAAACGGCAAAAAGGAGAUGAAGAAAAUGAAAACAGGGAUUUUUGAACUGCCCAAACAGUCUGUUUAAAUAUUUUCUUAUUUUCAAACUGUUACUUUUCUGGAACAAGUCUUUUUUUUUUGCCGGUAUUUUUUUUCCUGCUGAGUCUACUGUCGAAGCAUCAUGUAGUGACUCCUUGCUAGCUCUGAGGAGGGCCAGGUUUUGACAACCAGGAGCGGGUUGAUAGUGGAGACAUGUCGCAAGAAGAUGUCAGAAGCACUACCAGCCUUGGGGCUGAAAGUGGCGCUUCAGCCCACUGCAAUGGCCACACUCUGAGCCAAGGUCAGGACCAGGAUCCAGAGAGCCAGAGCCAAGGCCAGGAUGGGAUAGUUCUGGAGCGUAUUGCCUCUCUGUCUUUGGACAUGUUUGACCCCAGUGACUUCACCGGGAGGUUUGCAAAGAUCCAGUCUCGGUCCAGGAAGAGGACAAGGAUCAUCGGAGCCUCUCCAGUGGGACUGAAGCCACCCCUCCCGCCAGUCAGUGGAACCUUGGGAGAGAGGAAGGGUCCUGUCGUCAUGGCGCCUGUCAAUGUGGACCCUGAGAGUAAGCCGGGCGAGUUCGUCCUAAAGAGCUUGUUUGCCAACUUCACCUUGCUCUCCGAGCGCAAGAUUCGCAUCAUCAUGGCCGAACCCCUGGAGAAGCCACUUAACAAGUCUCUGCAGAGAGGAGAGGACCCACAGUUCGACCAGUUGAUCAGCUCUAUGAGUUCUCUAGCAGAGUACUGCCUGCCGUCUAUCCUGAGGACGCUAUUUGACUGGUACAAGAGGCAGAACGGCCUAGAAGACGAGUCCCAUGAAUAUCGGCCCAGGGCCAACACCAAGUCCAAGAAUGAUGAGCAGCAGAAGGACUACUUACUGGAGCGGAGAGAUCUGGCAAUAGACUUCAUCUUUUCUCUAGUGCUUAUAGAGGUUUUGAAGCAGAUCCCCCUCCAUCCUCUUUUGGAUGGACUCAUCCAAGAAGUUAUAAACCUGGCCUUCAAGCACUUCAAAUACAAGGAAGGGUACCUGGGACCCAACACAGGCAACAUGCACAUAGUGGCUGACCUCUAUGCUGAAGUAGUGGGGGUUGUGGCUCAGUCCAGGUUCCCGGCAGUGAGGAAGAAGUUCAUCUCUGAGCUGAAGGAGCUGAGACAGAAGGAGCAGAGCCCCUAUGUCAUCCAGUCCACCAUCAGCCUCAUCAUGGGACUCAAGUUCUUCCGCAUCAAAAUGUACCCGGUGGAAGACUUUGAAGCCUCCUUCCAGUUUAUGCAGGAGUGUGCACAGUAUUUCUUGGAAGUGAAGGAUAAAGACAUUAAACACUCAUUAGCUGGACUCUUUGUGGAGAUUCUUGUACCUGUAGCUGCUACUGUGAAAAAUGAAGUGAACGUGCCAUGUCUCCGGAACUUCGUUGAGAGUUUGUAUGAUACCACACUGGACCUGUCCUCCCGGAAGAAACACUCUCUGGCCCUAUAUCCUCUGGUGACCUGCCUGCUGUGUGUCAGUCAGAAGCAGUUCUUCCUCAGCCGCUGGCAUAUUUUCCUCAACAACUGCCUCUCAAACCUCAAGAAUAAAGACCCCAAGAUGGCCCGUGUGGCUCUGGAAUCACUCUACCGCCUGCUGUGGGUCUACAUGAUCCGAAUAAAGUGCGAGAGCAACACUGGAACACAGAGUCGUCUGACGUCCAUCACCUCCACCCUGUUCCCUAAAGGGAGUCGUAGCGUUGUACCCAGAGACAUGCCGCUUAAUAUUUUUGUCAAGAUCAUCCAGUUUAUUGCACAGGAGAGACUGGAUUUCGCCAUGAAGGAGAUCAUAUUUGACCUGCUGAGUGUUGGGAAACCUGCCAAAGCCUUCAGUCUCAACCCAGAGCGUAUGAACAUAGGUCUGCGGGCAUUCCUGGUGAUAGCAGAUGCUCUGCAACAGAAGGACGGAGAGCCUCCUAUGCCAAACACAGGAGCCACUCUGCCCUCUGGAAACUCUCUGAAGAAGAAGAAAACUUAUCUCAGCAAGACACUUACUGAGGAGGAAGCCAAACUAAUAGGCAUGUCCUUGUACUACUCCCAGGUGCGAAAGGCUCUGGACAACAUCCUGAGACACUUGGACAAGGAGGUGGGUCGUUGUAUGAUGCUCACCAGCGUCCAGAUGCUCAACAAAGAACCAGAGGACAUGAUCACUGGUGAAAGGAAGCCUAAAAUCGACCUGUUCAGGACGUGUGUGGCAGCCAUUCCUCGUAUCCUUCCUGAUGCCAUGUCCAAACCUGAACUCAUUGACCUGCUCUCACGACUUACGGUGCACAUGGACGAUGAGCUUCGUCUUAUUUCCCAGAACUCCCUGCAGAGCCUGCUGCUCGAUUUCUCAGACUGGAGGGAAGACGUCCUGUUUGGUUACACACAUUUCCUUUUGCGUGAGGUCCAAGACACCCAUCAGGGUCUGCAGGAUGCAUCUGUGAAGCUCCUUCUCCAGCUGCUCACACAGUGGAGGUUGGCUCUACAGCUCCAGGGGAAGAUGAGAGGUGGAGUUGAGUCCAGCCCCAGACUGCCCGAGCGAAGCCCUCACUGCUCAGUGCUCCAUGCAGUGGAGGGCCUGGCUCUGCUGCUCCUCUGCUCAUGUCAGAUCAGCACAAGGAAGCUGGCAGUUGGCGUCUUAAGAGAAAUACGCUGCCUCUUCACAGCUCUGGGCCAUGCUGAGGAUGAUGACAAACCCAUGAUAGAGGUCAUGGACCAGCUGAGCCCCGCUGUAAUGGACAGCUUUGUUCAUGUGGCUGUCUCUGAUUCGUCCACCUUGCCUCUCAGCCACCAUGUUGACCUCCAGUGGCUGGUCGAGUGGACGGCUCGACUGGUGAGCAGUUCCUACGACGUGAAGAGCCCCAGCCACGUCUGGAUCUUUGCCCAGUGCGUGAAGGACCCGUGGGUGCUCUGUCUGCACAUCUUCUUGCGGCAGGAGCACCUGCCCAAACACUGCCCCAUUGCCCUGGGAUACGCCUGGCCCUAUGCUUUCACACGGCUUCAGCUGCUGCUGCCACUGGUUGACCCCAACAGUCCAGUGAAUGCUAAGAAGACCAGCACGGCGGGCUCCAGUGACAACUACAUAUCUCUGUGGCGUAACUACCUGAUCCUGUGUCUAGGAGUGGCGAAGCCAAGCAUCAUGUCCCCUGGUCACCUCAGAGCUUCUACACCAGAGAUCACUGCCACCACACCCGACGGCAGCGUCACCUAUGACAACAAGGUGAUAGGCACUCCCUCGGUCGCCUGGUUAUUAAAACAGCUCGUCCCACUGAUGAGAGCUGAGAGUUUGGAGAUCACCGAGUCUCUGGUGCUGGGGUUUGGAUGCACAAAUGCUCUGGUCUUCAGAGAGCUCGUCGAAGAACUCCAUCCACUGAUGAAGGAAGCACUGGAGCGCAGACCUGAGAACAAGAAGCGCAGAGAGAGGAGGGAUCUUCUCAGACUCCAGCUGCUGAGGAUCUUUGAACUGUUGGCUAAUGCAGGAGUUAUCAGUGACAGCACCAAUGGAGCGCUGGAACGUGAUUCCCUGGCACUGGGCGCCUUAUUUCUUGAGUAUGUGGAUCUAACCCGGAUGCUUCUGGAGGCUGAGAAUGAGAAGGAGCUGGAUGUGCUUAAAGACAUCAGAGCCCAUUUCAGCGGCAUGGUGGCUAAUCUCAUCCAGUGUGUUCCUGUCCACCACAGGCGCUUUCUCUUCCCUCAGCAGUCUCUGAGACACCAUCUCUUCAUCCUCUUCAGCCAAUGGGCUGGACCCUUCAGUGUCAUGUUCACUCCCCUCGAUCGUUACAGUGACCGCAACCACCAGAUCACUCGCUACCAGUACUGUGCUCUGAAGGCCAUGUCAGCAGUUCUGUGUUGCGGUCCAGUGUUCGACAAUGUGGGUCUCUCUACUGACGGCUAUCUUUACAAAUGGCUUGACAAUAUCUUAGCCUGCCACGACAUACGGGUUCACCGUCUGGGGUGUGAGGUGGUCAUCCUGCUCUUAGAACUGAACCCAGACCAAAUCAAUCUCUUCAACUGGGCCGUGGACCGCUGCUUUACUGGAUCUUACCAGCUGGCAUCUGGGUGCUUCAAGGCCAUCGCCACUGUCUGUGGUAACAGGAAUUACCCAUGUGACCUUGUGACCUUGCUCAAUCUGGUGUUGUUCAAGGCCUCAGACACCAGCAGGGAAAUAUAUGAGAUCUCCAUGCAGCUGAUGCAGGUGCUGGAGUCUAAACUGUGUGCGUACUCUAAGCGGAUGGUGGAGCAGAAGCCUGGUAAUAUUUUAUAUGGAACACACGGCCCCCUGCCUCCCCUGUACAGCGUCAACCUGUCUCAACUCUCCAUCCAGCUGGCCAGCAUGUACCCGGAGCUCACUCUGCCUCUUUUCUCAGAGGUGAGCCAGCGUUUCCCAACCACCCAUCCCAAUGGGAGACAGAUCAUGCUAUCCUACCUGCUACCCUGGCUUAGUAACAUUGAGCUCGUGGACACGGGUCUCCUACCUCCCGCCUCAAGCCCCUGCACACCAGAGGAAGAACCUCACGGUCAGGGGCAGGGCAUGGGUCUGUCCCCCAGUCUGAGAGGUAAUGGCUGGGGCUCCCUGCAGGCGACCUCGCUGGUUCUCAACAACCUCAUGUUCAUGACUGCUAAGUAUGGAGACGAGGUUCCCGGCCCAGAGAUUGAGAAUGCCUGGAAUGCUUUAGUGUCCAACGAGAGGUGGAGCAACAACUUACGGAUCACCCUGCAGUUCCUUAUCAGCCUGUGUGGAGUCAGCAGUGACACAACACUGUUGCCUUAUAUCAAGAAGGUGGUGAUUUACUUGUGCCGCAACAACACCAUCCAGACAAUGGAGGAGCUCCUGUUUGAGCUGCAGCAGACUGACCCAGUUAACCCUGUGGUCUUGCACUGCGACAACCCUCCCUUCUACCGUUUUGCUGCCAGCAACAAAGCCUCCACCUCACAGACAGGCACCACCUCCAGCAGUAACACUGUGGUGGCCGGCCAGGAGAACCUGCCAGACACAGAUGAGAACAAGCUGGUCAGAGAGAGUGAAGAGCGUAGGGCCAGGGCUCACAACAGACUGGAAUCCCGCUACAGCAACAGCUCCGGAGGCUCCUACGAGGAUGAAAAGACUGACCCACUCCCACCAUAUGCUGGUUGGCUACUGGGCGUUCUGGAGACCAACCAUCCUCAACCGUUACCAAUGCCUGUUAACGGAGGCUGCUGGGCUCCUCUGGUUGACUACCUUCCAGAAACCAUCACACCUAGAGGACCGCUGCACAGGUGUAACAUUGCAGUGAUCUUCAUGACUGAAAUGGUCGUGGACCACAGCGUGAGAGAAGACUGGGCUUUACACCUGCCCCUGCUACUACAUGCCCUCUUCUUGGGUCUGGACCACUACAGACCAGAGGUCUAUGAACACAGCAAACGUCUCCUUCUCCACCUCCUCAUUGCCCUCUCCUGCAACAACAAUUUCCAGGUAAUAGCCUCAGUUCUGAUGCUGACCAGAGAGAUCAGUGACAACAAGACCCUUACCAUUAAGUCCAGCUACCACACAGAGUACCAGCAGUCACAUGCACCUGACUUCCUGCGAGAGUGGCAGGCGUCUCCGGUGGUGGACUCCGGCCUCAGUUCCACCUCCAACUCUUCCUCUGCCAGUCUUGGUGGCGGCAGCACUGCAGGCAGUGUUGGAAAUUUGCCCCUUGUGACACCUGACGACCUGGAAGACCUUGAAGAUACGCCCAAUGAAACCGACGAGAAGACAAACAAACUCAUCGAGUUCCUCUCCACCAGUGCCUGGAGUACUGUGUUGUUGUUGCUCAGAGCGUUUGGGCCACUGUGGGUGCACGAGGACAUCACACCAAAGAACCCCAACUCCAAGAGCACGGAGCAGCUCUCCAACUUCCUACGCCAUGUCGUCUCUGUCUUCAAGGAGUCCAAGUCAGACUUCCACCUGGAGCAGCAGCUGAGCGAUGUGGCUUUACAGACGGCUCUGUGCAGCUCCUCACGUCACUAUGCUGGACGCUCCUUCCAGAUCUUCAGAGCCCUCAAACAGCCAAUCAACAACCACGCCGUCUCUGACCUGGUAUCACGCCUCGUCGAGGUGGUGGGAGAACAUGGUGAUGAGGUGCAGGGCUAUGUAAUGGAGGUGCUGUUGACACUGGAGUCAGUGGUAGUGAAUCUAGCAGAAUGUCUGAAAAACAGCGACCUUAUGGCAGCUCUAACCAGGACGUCCUCACCAGACUUCGUGACUAGUGAUAAACUGAUGAACAGAAAGAGCACUGGUCAGUUGAACUUUCCUGGCCCUGGAUUUGUUGGUCUGUCGUCACAACGCCACCAGCGCUCCUACUCAGUCCCCAAGAAGUUUGGGGAGUGUGGCCACCAGCCCAAUGAUCCUCCUCGCAGUGCCACUCUGGACCGCAUACAGGCCUGCAACAGUCACGGCCUCGCCCGGACAGGAAGAACCCCCGGGUCCUGCACAUCGUCAACAAAUCGUAUUGAUCCCAGUGUUCUGUCGGAUCCAGCCCAUGUUUCCCAUCCUUCAUCAAUACUGGCCACAGUCUUUUGGGUGGCGGUGUCACUCAUGGAGUCAGACUUUGAGUUUGAAUACCAGAUGUCGCUUCGCCUCGUUCACAAGUUGCUGUCAAAGGUGCCGUUGGACAGAGCAGAGAAUCGCGAACGCCUAGAGAAGCUACAGGCUCAGCUGAGGUGGAGCGGAUUCUCUGGGAUCCAGCAGCUUCUGUUGAAGGGUUUUACCUCCCAGGCCACUUCUGACCUCACCUUACAGCUCUUCUGCCAGCUCACGCCAGUCUCCCGUGUGCCUGUUGUUGAUAGCUCACAGUCUAUAGGUUUCCCUCUGAAUGUGCUGUGUCUGCUGCCUCACCUGGUGCAGCACUUUGGCCACCCAACUCAAUUUUGUAAGGAAAGCGCUGAGAGGAUCGCACAGGUGUGUUUGGAGGAGAAGCACACAAAACUUUCCCAUUUGGCCCAUGUGAUGACGCUCUAUAAGACCCGCUCCUACACACGAGAUCCUUUCUCCUGGGUCAGUGUGGUUUGUCGCUACCUCCAUGAGGCUUUCUCCGACAUCACACUCAACAUGGUCACCUAUAUGGCUGAGCUGCUGGAUAAAGGCCUUCCCAGCAUGCAGCAGUCUCUCCUCCAGAUCAUCUACUGUCUGCUCAGCCACAUGGACCUGACUGCUGUACAAGUCAAACAGUUCAACGCUGAUGUCACAAAGACCAUUGAGAAGUUUGUCCAGACCAUCCACUGGAAGGAUGCCUUAAACAUCUUAAAACUGGUGGUAUCACGCUCUGCCAGCCUAGUUCAUCCGGUGUACGGCCACUCGCAGGGUGACCUGUCCAACCUGGAGGUCAGCAGGGUGUGGGACGGUUCAGCCAAGGCUCUGCCUGGAAAAACACUGGACUUCACCUUUGACAUCUCUGAGACUCCAGUGAUUGGGCGUCGGUUCGAUGAGCUCCAGGGUUCAGGCGGUAGAGAGGGGAAGGCCAGAGCCAUGGCUGUAACCCGCAGUACUUCCUCCACCUCCUCUGGAUCCAACUCCAACACCAUCCUGGUGCCCGUCAGCUGGAGGCGACCACAAUCCUCUCAGAAAAGAACCCGAGAGAAGCUGGUGAAUGUUUUGUCUCUUUGUGGACAAGAAGUUGGACUCACCAAGAACCCAUCUGUGAUCUUCUCAUCGUGUGGCGACUUGGACAUGAUGGAGGUGCGGGAGAGUGGCGUGUCAUCAGAGGAGGGCGGAACCAGAGAGGACACGCUUGACGACACUGCCAGCGAGCAGCAGUUCAGGGUUUUCCGAGACUUUGACUUCCUGGACGUGGAGCUGGAGGACGGAGAGGAGCUCCAGGGCGAGACCGUCGAUAACUUUAAUUGGGGCGUGCGUCGGCGAUCUCUGGACAGCACAGAGCUGGGCGAUCUCUUGGAGGAGAGCCAGCACUCGGGCAGCACCCCCAGUCUGGGUCACGAGGACCCCCACGAUUCAGAUGAGUCCUCAGAGGAAGAGGAGUCUUCGACGAGCCAGAGCCUCUCUCACUCUCAGCUCACUAACCCUUCUCCAUCAGAGGAAACCAAUCACACCGAUUCUCUGUCUACUUCUUACGACACAUCUGCCGACCCACAAUCCCUCAAUGCCACCACACCGGGCCAGGGAGCGCUCCAUGAUGAUCACACUGGAUUGCAUGUGAGGAAUAAUACACAGGAACAUAUACUUAUUUAUUUACUUGUGCAUUUGUACAGAAAUGUAAUAUCUUUGUCUCCUCAGGGGAGGGUGUGCGGUGACGAUGAGGACACUCAGGCCCAGGAUGACGACCUGUCACUGAGCGCCCACGAGCUCCCUCACGGCUCGGACUGUGGCGAGAGCUUCACCCUGGAGUUGCCUGGGCAGCCUCAGGAUCAGCAACGCAAUCUGGACCACAGCCUCAACCCAGACUACUGCCAGCCACCGCUGGACUUUCUAGACCCCAACUGUCUACCCAGCUUACGUGAUGAUGUAGAUGACUUGGAAGACCUUGGUUUUCCUCCUCCCCCCUCUCCAUUUUUCUCCGCCAUCUUGGCAGCCUUCCAGCCCACAGUGUGUGACGAUGCUGAGGAGGCAUGGCGCUGUCACAUCAACCAGCUUGUGACCGACUCAGAUGGAUCCUGUGCCGUCCACACUUUUCAAGUCUUCUCAUCUCUCUUUAAGAAUAUCCAGGGUAAAUUCUGCCUCCUGACAACUGAUGUUGCCACUUACCUUGGAGAAGGCUUACGGGGCAUUGGAUCAAAGUUCCUCAGGUCCUCACAGAUGCUAACCACAUGCUCAGAUUGUCCCACAAUCUACAUUGAUGCUGACACGAUCAUGUCCUAUGGUCUCCUUGAGAAGAUGAAGUUCAGUGCGCUGGAGCUGCAGGAGUAUCUGGAUACCUACAAUACCAAAGAGGAGGCCGCUGUAUCGUGGCUGCGUAACUGUAAGGACACAUUUCCCAGGUGCCCUGGUGACAGUGUGGUCACGUGCCAGCCUGGAGACUCAGAGGAGAAGCAACUGGAGCUUUGUCAGAGGCUCUACAAGUUGCAUUUCCAGCUUCUCCUACUCUUCCAGUCCUACUGCGCGCUCAUUGGUCAAGUUCAUGCCAUCAGCUCUGUGCCUGAGCUGCUGAACAUGUCUCGAGAGCUCACCGAUCUGAAGACCAGCCUGCAGGCAGCAGAGGCGGCUGUGGCCAGCGACCUGGAACACAAACACUUGGCCCACACUCACGCGCACGCCACCCAGGUGGCAGCCAUGGUUGUGCCCAGCUUCCCCACCUCGGAGGCAGCUGUGCAGGCCGUACUGGAGUGCCUUAAGAACCACGAGUUCACCAAAGCUGUGCGCUACAUCCAGGAGUGCAGGAGGCAGUGGCCCAAUGGCGUGUUUGGUGGCAGCUCAGAGAGCGAGGUCCAGACGCUGCUCAACGUCUACUUUCGCCACCAGACGCUGGGUCAGACAGGCACCAUUGCCCUUGUUGGUUCCCGCCAGGACCUGAGCCUGAUCUGCUCCAAGCUGCUGGAGCUCAACGGGGAGAUCCGCGACAUGAUCCGCCGCGCCCAGGGGUACCGGGUCGUCACAACCUACCUCCCCGACUCCAGCGCCUCAGGGACCAGUCUCUGACAGGAGCUCAGGAGCCCCCCACCCCCUCCUUCUCCACCCUUACCUCCCCCGUCACUGCAACCAUUGACCCUUCCAAAACCAUCUCCCCAUCCCUCACUGCAAUCUCCAUCUGCUCUUACAGAGGAGGCCCAGCACCCACACACCUGGCCCCUGCCUCCACCUAUUUGUCUGCUGCCCCGGCUGCACAGCUCCAGACAGAUACCUACCUACCACCCUACCAGUUCUCAGCACCAGCCCCAGAACCAUAUUUAGACCAUGACCCAAACCUUUCUCUGCUCUCCUCAUCCCCAUCCACUGUAGACUCUGAUACCUCUUUGCUUGAUUUUCCCAAACCCCCAGACUUGUUCUCAUCGCACAGAAGUUCAAACACUCCAGAUUUUACACUGCCGCGCACACAAGAGCCAAUGAGGAGUUACUUCAAUGAGAACCUUUAUUAUCCCUUCAGAGGACAUUCAUCACACAGUUCACCGCUGUUAGAUUUACACAACAGCAAACAUCUGUUAUCAUCUGUUACAUCUAACAUGCUCCCAACCGUUGCCUCAGAACCCACCUUACUUGCAAGCUCUAACACAAACACAUCACCCAUCCCCCCUCGGGGCUCACAUCUCCCCCAUUUCCCCCGCUCUCCAUACAAGCACUCAGGCCUAUUGCCAGUUCUACCCCCGCACCGUGACACAGUCUUAACCCACGGCCCUGCUCCAUCUUCAUCCCUUCUCACUCCCCCGCCUCCCCCUCCCUGUCCCACCAGCCCAGGAGAGGCUGCAGCAUGGGGUUGUUGUUGUUCCCUCGGUGGUGCUGCCGCGCCCUUAUCUCGCUACCUGGGGAAGGUGGGGCACGCUGCCCUGCCCCUGAUGAAAGUAGGGGGGCUCCUGAAUGCUGAACCGUCAGACGUCCAGACCUGAGAUGUAAACUUCGAACGCCAGAGGACCUGAAGAGUUGAGACUUCUGUGAAUCCAAAUGCCUGAAACCAACUAUUCCUGAGCAGAUGGUUGAUUCUGAAAAGGAGAAGAUGACACACUUGUAGAUUUUACACUUCAAGAAUCACAUCCCAGACAUAACGGGAUGUAUCUCUGAACCCACUAGACACUACAGAUUGCUGCCUGCUGAUAAAGAUGACCUGAUGUGAUUCUGUCCGAGCGCUAGCUUCGCUUUACAGCCACAUACGUGUUGUAAAAUUGUAAAAAUUGAUGUGCUCCUGGUUUAAUCCUGCUUGAUGGUCGUCAUUCAGCAUUUAAUCUGUUCUGCACCCGAGGACCUGUGAAGGCUCUUAGCUUGGAUUUCUAACUUGCUUCCCAGAGGAACUCAAGACCUGAUUGAACUUGAUUGACUGUUGCUGCCUCCCUCAGGGAGGACGUAGUUUGCUGGUACUCCCACCAGAGACAGAGAGGAAACUGCCUGUGACACUACAUAACAUCACUGGUAGAUUUUUCACUAUUGCACUAAGUGGAGUUUUGGUAUUAGUUUUUAAAAAAGAAAAAAGUUACAGAAAGGAUGUUAUGUUACUGUUUGUUUUAUUACUGUGAGAGAAAAGGCUGCCACUUUCACUGAGAAGGAAUAGCCAAGAGCUGGAUUAACUUUUCUCUCCUGUUGUGUUUUGAGACCUCCUUUGGGGGAAAUUGUGCAAUGCAUGACCCAGUUGAAUGCUUUCUACUGUACCAGUGUCCCUGUUUGCUCCCUAAAAGUCUGACCUGCCCAGACUGACUGAAAGACUGAUUGACAAAGAGCGGAUGCAGAAUAUUCAAGCGUAAUUCCUCAUGCUGCCCUCGCUGUAUUUAUAUUCUGUACCAGUGAACCGGCUUGUCUCCUGACUACUGUUGUAAACAUUGGUAGACUAAUCAUGCCAUUAUCCGUGCACUCUUCUGUGGCUAGUGGUAGCAUCAUUAGUGAGCGCACACACUGUAUAUUUCUCACUGUCCGACACUGUAACACUUGACCCUGUGUGUUCACAUGCCAUGAGGAUGGUGCAUGUAUACACUCAAAUAUUUUGCCUGUCUGUAUACCGUUUCUAGUUAUGGGCACACAACCAUUGUAGCAUAUGUUUGUGUGUGGUAUGUAGUUACCUUACACGUAAGGGAAAUGCUGACAUUCAGCGCUCAUUGAUGUUCAAAACAAAACCUGUGUUACUACUGAAGUCGAACACUUCCUGUCGUCAGCCCUUUUUGUGACUUCCCUCUACGAGCUAUUUACUGUACAAAUAUCUUUUUCCUAUUUAUAUCUGGUGCGCUAUCAACACUCAUUUGACUUAGGUUUUAUAUUGAUGUUUCUCUCAAAUCAAACUGCCAUGCAUGCAUCUUCUGUGUACUGUAUGGAGUGUUUGAACUAUUUAUUAACAAAAAUCAUUUUAUCUCAAAGAUAUGUUUGUAUGAGGUACAAAAGGGAGCUUUGAGCUCAUGCGGGUAUGCUUUUUUUUUUCCUGUGUGUGGGAGAACGUGUGUGUGCAUGCCAAACAAGAAAUUGCACAUUUUUAAAGCUUUCUAGAUUAAGACGGUAGUUGUUUUUUCCACCUUGUAAAUACUUUUACAGCCUUUGUGAAGUUGUUUUGAGUUGAUGCUCUGUACAAGUCGGUGUCAAAGUAAAAAAAACAUUAAAAAUAUUUCUCGUGCAUUUCACUCAACC